AAUUAAUAUAUGUUUUAUAAAAUGUCAUAAAACUGGGGCCCCCCUGGCACCAUCUCAGGGCCCCCAGUUUGAGAACCACUAAGACACACAGCCAAUAAAAGCCGGGGUCAGAUUUUUGUCACUGACCUAUAUAUUCGACUACAGAUAAACAGAAUAGAGUUACAAAAUCAGAAAUGAAAUCACAGUUGACAACCGCACCCAGGGCAAAGAGCGAUAUUCAAACGACCAAGACGGACGUCACGUGAUGUCGUAAGGUGGAGUUGAUCUAAUACAACGGCACAAACAGCAGUGCUGUGACUAAAAUGUAAAAAUUAUUUUUUGCCAGCAGCGGGUGAAUGAAAGACAAUGGCAUCGACUCAGCUUCAGGAAACGGUUAAAGAUGCUCCAGACCACAUCGACAGCAGCUCUUCUCCUCACACAGGAGUCAAUCUUGAGAUGAAAGCUGACAGAAGUGCAACUGUACUUGCUCCUGUACUUUCUGGAAACAUGAUAUCAGGCGUAAUAAAUAUUAGCUAUAACUCAAACCCUUCAAACAAAGAGCGACAAGAGUCCCCAGAGACGGAUGAAAAACACUCAGUAAAACAAGUGGACUUAAUGCAUUUUUUGAAAAGUCACAAAGCCAACAUGAAAGACAAGGCACAGCGUAUUUUUGAUGUCAAAAAGGAAGAAGAAACAUAUCUGAAGGAUGUUUACACAGAGCUCUUUAUCACAGAAGGUGAUAUUAAAGGAGUCAAUGAAGAACACGAGAUUCUGCAGAUUGAUGAAGCUUUCAAGAGUAAAAAACAACAGGACAGACCAAUCCACUGCAAUGAUAUAUUCAGUUCACUGAGACAAAGAACAACAAAUAAAAAGGUUGUACUGACCAAAGGCAUCGCUGGCAUUGGAAAAACUGUCUCUGUACACAAGUUCAUCCUGGACUGGGCUGAAGGAAAAGCCAAUCAGGAUAUAGACGCCAUAUUCCUGUUUCCAUUCCGGGCAAUUAAUUUGAUUAAAGAUGAAAAGAUCAAUGUCCAGCAGCUUUUAAGUAAAUUUUAUCCUGAUCUGAAAGAUAUGAGUAAAACAAAUCUAUACAAGAAGUGUAAUCUUGCAUUUAUUUUUGAUGGACUUGAUGAGAGUCGAUUACCUUUAAAUUUUAAAAGCACAAUACUGGACGAUGUUAAGGAAAGAUCAUCUGUAGAUGAAUUGUUCACAAAUCUGGUGAAAGGUCAUCUGCUUCCAUCAGCUCUUGUCUGGGUGACCUCCCGACCAGCAGCAGCCAAUCAAAUCCCUUCAGAGUUUGUAGGUUUGUUCACAGAGGUGCGAGGAUUCACUGAUCAACAGAAGGAAGAGUACUUCAGAAAGAGAAUAUCAGAUGAGUCUCAGGCCUCCAGAAUUAUCUCACACAUCAAAACAUCUCGUAGUCUUUACAUCAUGUGCCACAUUCCUGUCUUCUGUUGGAUUACAGCUAUUGUUCUUCUGGAAACUCUCAAUGAGAACAAGACAGAAGAGAUUCCCACAACACUCACUGAAAUGUACAUUCACUUCCUUAUAAUACAGAUGACCAUGAAGAACAGGAAACAUGAAGAUUUUGAAAGAAACUAUGCAAAGUUGUUGGAUUCAAAUAAAACAAAGAUUUUAAAAUUGGCCAAGCUAGCUUUUGAACAGCUAAAGAAGGGAAACACUAUGUUUUAUGAAAAAGAGCUGAAAAAGUGUGAUAUUGAUGUAAAUGAAGACACACCUGAGUCCACAGGAAUGAUCACUGAGAUCUUUAAGAAAGAAGCUGGACUUCAUGAGAUGAAGGUCUUCUGCUUUGUACAUCUGAGUGUUCAAGAGUUCCUCGCUGCACUACAUGUGUUCAUGAGCUACCUGAACAAGAACCUGGAGGAGCUUCAGUUUUUUUUCAAUAAUUUAUUCUUUUUUAGAAAGAUCCUCAAAAAAGUAACUUUGCAUGCCUUACUGAAGAAAGCUGUUGAUAAAGCAAUAAAUAGUGAAAGAGGUCAUUUUGACCUUUUCUUGAGGUUUCUGUUGGGCAUUUCACUGGAAUCUAAUCAGAAACUGCUUAAUGGGUUGUUUAAUGUCACUGUGAACAGCACAGUGAGCAUCACAAAAGUUAAAGAGCACAUUAAACAAUUACAAAACCACAACAUCCCAGCUGAAGCUUCAGUUAAUUUAUAUUACUGCCUACUUGAGUUAAAAGACAAAUCAUUACAUGAGGAAAUCCAGCGAUACCUGAGUUUAGGUGAUCAUUCAGGAAGAGAACUCUCAGCUUCAAUGUGUUCAGUGUUGACCUACAUAAUGCUGAUGUCAGAUGAGGUGAUGGAUGAGUUCGACAUAAAUAUGUACAACACAUCACCUGCAAACUACAUGAGACUGAUCCCAGCUGUGAGAUGCUGCAGAAAAGCUGAAUUGACAGACUGUACUUUCUCUGCGGAGUGCUGUGAAAGUUUAUCAUCAGCUCUACAAUCAUCAAACUCUCCGUUGAGAGAGCUGAACCUGAGUUACAAUAACCUGCAGGAUUCAGGAGUGAAGCUGAUCUCCGAUGGACUGAAGAGCCCAAACUGUAAACUGGAGAUACUGAGAUUAUGUGACUGCAGGGUGACAGAAGUAGGCUUUUCUUAUCUGGCUUCAGCUCUGAGGUCAAACCCCUCUCACAUAAGAGAUCUGGAUCUGAGCUUCAGUCACCCAGAUGUCUCAGGAGUAAAGCUGCUUUCUGCACUACUGGAAGAUCCAUGCUGUAGACUGGAGAAACUCAAAUUGACAGGCUGUGAUCUCACUACUGAGUGCUGUGCAAUUUUAUCAUCAGCUCUACAAUCAUCAAACUCUUAUCUGAAAUUGCUGGACCUGAGUUUAAAUCACUUACAGGAUUUAGGAGUAAAACUGAUCUCUGAUGGACUGAAGAGCCCACAAUGUAUACUGGAGAAAUUGAGAUUAUAUGGCUGUAAAUUGACCGAGCACGGCUUUUCUUAUCUGGCAUCAGCUCUGAAGUCAAACCCCUCACACCUAAAAGAGUUGGAUUUGAGCCAUAAUCUCUCAGGAGCGUCAGGAUUGAAGCUGCUUUUUGAUCUUGUAAAAGAUCCAAACUACAGGCUAGAGAAUCUUGAAGACCUGUGAUCUCACACUGGAUUCAAGCACAGCACAUAAUGAGGAGCUAUAAGAGAUUGAAUGUGUGUGUUCAGGUUUUGUGUAGAGAGACGCUGUCUCAACACUGUUACUGGGAAACUGAAUGAAGUGGAUUGAUGAAUCUGCAAAAAGAUGGAGUAUUGACUUAAGUGGAUCAAGUCUGUUUGGUUUCUGGCACAAUAGGCUUUAUGCCCAGCUGCACUACUUCCUGAACUUCAGCCAGCUCCUUGUUUCCUGU